AUGGCGCCGCAGCCGCAUUCUGGUCGGCGCCGCAGCCGCUGGUCCUGCUGGGCGGUGCGUGGACUGGCAAUAGUGCUCAUGAGCCUGACCGGCGGCGACGCCCUGAGCCUUGACCACUACCGCCAGAGCUGCCCGAAGGCGGAGGCGGCCGUGACCGCGGCGGUGAAGCAGGCCAUUGCCAAGGACCGCACCGUCCCCGCCGGCCUGCUCCGCCUCCACUUCCACGACUGCUUCGUCAGGGGCUGCGACGGCUCCGUGCUCCUGGACUCCACGUCCAACAACACGGCGGAGAAGGACGGGCCGCCGAACGCGUCCCUCCACGCCUUCUUCGUCGUCGACAACGCCAAGGCGGCCGUGGAGGCCCUCUGCCCGGGAGUCGUGUCUUGCGCGGACAUCCUAGCCCUCGCCGCGCGGGACGCCGUGGCGCUCUCCGGCGGGCCGUCCUGGGCGGUCCCUCUCGGCCGCGGCGACGGCCGGGUGUCGCUCGCCAGCGACACCACCUCGUCGCUUCCCGGCCCGGGGUCGACCUUCGAUCAGCUGAAGCAGGCGUUCCACGCGGUGGGGCUGUCGGCCAAGGACCUGGUCGUGCUCUCGGGCGGGCACACGCUGGGGUUCGCGCACUGCUCCUCCUUCGAGACCCGCAUCCGCGGCUUCCCGGGCGGCGGCGGCGGCGCUGGCGUGGCGGACCCGGCGCUGCGGCCGUCGUUCGCGGCGGCGCUGCGGAGGGCGUGCCCGGCGAACAACACGGCGAAGGGCGCCGGGGCGUGGAUGGACCCGACGUCGGCGGCGUUCGACAACGCCUACUUCAAGAUGCUGCAGACCGGGCGCGGGCUGCUGGCGUCGGACGAGGCGCUGCUGACGCACCCCAAGACGCGGCGGAUGGUGGCGCUCUACGCCGCGUCGCAGGGCAAGUUCUUCCAGGCGUUCGUCAGCUCCAUGCUCAGGAUGAGCGCGCAGAACCAGCCCGGCGAGAUCAGAGCCAACUGCAGGCGACACAACUAG